GAGGGGGCGUGAUACAGACUUGAGGGAGGAGGCCGAGCCGCGGGGCGGGGAAAGAAGCCUUUUGCGGCAGAGCCGCGGCCGGUCCUGUCCUCGCCAUGAGGCCGCAGCAGGCGCCGGUGUCCGGAAAGGUGUUCAUUCAGCGAGACUACAGCAGUGGCACCCGCUGCCAGUUCCAGACCAAGUUCCCCGCGGAGCUGGAGAACCGGAUUGAUAGGCAGCAGUUUGAAGAAACGGUUCGAACACUGAAUAACCUUUAUGCAGAAGCAGAGAAGCUUGGGGGCCAAUCAUAUCUUGAAGGCUGUUUGGCUUGUUUAACAGCAUAUACCAUCUUCUUAUGCAUGGAAACUCAUUAUGAGAAGGUUCUGAAGAAAGUCUCUAAAUACAUUCAAGAGCAGAAUGAGAAGAUAUAUGCUCCGCAAGGCCUCCUCCUGACAGAUCCCAUUGAGAGAGGACUUCGAGUUAUUGAAAUUACCAUUUAUGAAGACAGAGGCAUGAGCAGUGGAAGAUAAACCAUAGAAUUAAAGAUCCCACCUCCAGCUGGGAUUCUCAUCUACCCACUGGCCGAUCCAGAGUGUCCCUACCUCCUCUCCAGAGCAUCAUUCCUUUGUAUCUGCUGCCAGAGCCACGGUGCCAUUUACUUCAAGGACUAAGUUUCUAAAAUUCCACACCUGGAGUGACCUGUCGUCGCUCAGCAUCCGCUUUGUGUUUCCAAAUUGUGUAGGAUUCUGUAAUCUUUUGAUUAGUUUCUGAGAAAAUACAAUGAAGCAUUUCACUUUUUUUAUUCAAAGCCAUUUAAUAAAAUAUGCAGUUGGUCAGCCCAGUGCAAAGUUUAUCUGCCACCAGUACCACUGGUUCUCCUCAUCCCUUGGGCCAGCUUCCCCAGGUGGCUAUAGACCUCAGCAAGUCACAUCUUAGCCAGUGUGCAGUCUUAUUUCCUGAGAUUAGUAGAAUGCUAGUCUCCAGGAUUUUGGUAAGGGGUAGACUGUGUCUGUGGUUUUGCUAAUGCAUCACCCAGAUUUCAAAGAAUAUCGAUUUUGCCAUGACUCCAACCUUAAGAUUUAUUUCUGCUGUACAGUUUCUCCAACCGAAGCUCAUUGAAAAAAUAAUGUAUAAUGUUAAUUGUUUUAUUAUAGCAAUUAUUCCUAAUUAAAGCAGUAUUUAAUGCAAUUUCCAGUUAUUUUCUUUGGAGAAUUUUGUUAUUAUUGCAGUACUUUGAACGUUAGGAAGAUGUGGUAUGUGUUGCUUGUUCAUUACAAAAAUAAGUAAGCACAAUAAUGUGGUUGCUAAACCAUCAAACACAUAAAUGUCCCUGCCGUGUCCCUGAAUGUGUAAUAAGCAAGUGUAAUAAAUAUUUUAAUUAUAGUUUUGUUAUAAAUAUAACUUAUGAUUAAAAAUUUUGACAGGAAUAAUACUAUGUAUUACUAAUUUUUAACUAUCCCUCUUGGCAAACAUGAUUCAAAGUCUUUCCUCAUACGCAGUAUUCAAGGCACAGAAAUCUUAUGAUUGGCUCAAGUACAGUUAGUUAAGUGAUUUCCAACCAAAACUUCUAAGUCUGAGUCAGUAUUUUUAGCUCUUCUUUUGGCUGUCUGUUCUUCAUAUCAGGGCUUCUUACACCCUCCAUUCAUCUUUGGGGUUUGAGAGUGCUGUAUUUGUGAGAAAGUUAAAAAAUAUAUUAAGGGAGAAUGAAGCAGUUAAGUUUUCCUUUCAGUAUAUUGUAGGUGCUAAUACUGGAUUUAAAUUUAAUUUCUUUUAUGAGUCUGUUAUUCAAUAAAUCCCAUAGGUCUGUGUAAUAUUUUAAUUGUGUAAAACUCCUGUUACUUUGUAGCCUGUAAUAGUGUGUCCGUCUGCCUUUUAAACUUGUUGCAAUAACUUUGCUGAAAU